AUGUCAGAGGAAGGCAGGGCGCCGUUCUCGCACCCCAGUCUCCCGGGCGAGGCCUUUACGUGGUACAAGAUCUGGGGUGAUCUCAGCACUUCCUCGACGGGGCGGCCUCUCUUUGUUCUUCAUGGAGGCCCCGGCAUGGGACAUAACUACCUGGCGAACUUAAAGAACCUCUCCACGCAAUACAAAAUCCCCGUGGUCCUCUACGACCAGCUCGGAUGCGGCAAAUCGACGCACUUUCGUGAAAAGAGGCUCGACACUGCCUUCUGGGUGCCCGAGCUGUUCAUCGCGGAACUGGACAAUCUUCUGGAGCACUUGGGCGUUGCCGGCGAUUAUGACCUGCUGGGUCAGAGUUGGGGAGGGAUGUUAGGCGCAAUGUUCGCCAUUCGAGGCCACAAGGGCCUCAAGCGUCUCAUCAUCUCCAACUCGCCUUGUAGUAUGAAACUUUGGGUCGAGUCGUGCAACGAGUGGCGCAAACGGCUGCCCGAGGACAUCGAGAAAGCGCUUCAGAAGCAUGAGAAGGACAAGACGUACGACGACCCCGAGUAUAAAUGGGCUGUCGAAGAAUUCUACAAGCGCCACGUGUGCAGGAUCUACCCGUUCCCCCAGGAUCUUCUGGACACCAUGGCGAACGUGGAAGAGGACGACACUGUCUACUACACGAUGAACGGGCCGAGCGAGUUCACCGUGGUUGGAAGCUUGAAGACUUGGUCAAUUGUCGAUGAAGUCCACAAAAUCAAAGUACCCUGCCUCGUGCUCAAUGGCGAGUGGGACGAAGGACGAGACAGGCGAGUCGUCUCCAUAUCCCGUGUUUAG